CCACUAAGAGCUCGUCAUGCGCCUCCGCCUUCGAAUCGAGCGUAACGAACUUCCACCAACUCAAAUCCUUCACUCCAUCCCGUCGACGCAGACUUCGCAGACCAUCGCGCAAUUUCUCCAAAACAUCAACGUCCUCUUCCCGCUCGAAUCCACCAAUUGGGACAUUUCUGACUACGCCGUUCUGGUUGGAGGUUACGAAGCUACGCACUAUACAGAGGUUGGCCAGGCUUUCAAGGAUGAAGACGAAGUAGUCAUCAAGCCGCUGGGCUUUGCGGAACUACGUGCGAGGAGCAUCACAGGACGAGAUCAGAUUAGUGAAGAUGGGAGACAUCUACUGGAUGGAAUUCCGUUUGGUAGACCAAUGCUGAAGAGGCCGAGGCGACCGGAGGUGAACAUUCCCGCUAGGAAGAGGCAGAGGGUUGAAGAUGUGACGGAGGCCGUGAGGGAGGAAGAAUGGGAUGACGAGGAUGAUGAAGACUUUGAGGAUGGGGGGGAAGUGGAUGAGGAGAGUGAAGAGGAAGAGGAGGAGGAGGAGGAAGAGCAAGAGGAAGAUGAGAGUGAGGACGAGCUUCGAGAAGAAGUUGAUAGACCUGUGGAGAAGAUUGCCGUCAAGUCCAGCGCAAAAUCAGCGGGGAAGGUCAGCAGUAACAGUUCCAGUGAUAGUUCAGAGGACGACAGCGAUUCGACUAAUAGUGAUAGCAGCUCGAGUGGAAGCGAUAGCGACUCGGGUGACAGCGACAGCGACAGCUCGAGUGCUUCGAGUUCGAGCGCGAGCGAAGCGUCGUGGGACGGUAUUGAUGAGCACACGGCCAUCAAAACAGGAUCAGCUCCCACAAGAGUGGCAGCAAAGGCAGAAGUUGCCAAGGCUGCGCAAACGUCACGAAACACUGGACUGCCGAAGCAAGGAGAUCCUAGAACUAAGGAGAGGAACACCCGUAGGAGGGACUCGAAAAGGCUCAAGCAUCUCAAGAACGCAGGUCUAUUGCCGCAGACUGCCACUUUGCAGGACAUGUACACCUGGCAGCGGAAUUGUAAUCUAGAUGAAAAUGGUGCGAACAAAGCGAUAAUGGAAUCGGAGCGCAAGAAAUUGCUGGACCAAAUCGCAUCUGGAGGUGUCGAUAUUACAAGUAGUCGCUCUGCCGGGCAGGAAGGCGAGGACGAUGAUGAGCCGCCGGAAGAGGAGUCAAGCCGGCCCAACAAAGUACGAUCACUUGCCGUGAACGUCGGUGUCAGUGAUGCGGCCAGUACCCAGAUCAUCACUGAGAUCCAACAGGCCGCGGGUGCUAAUUCUCGGAAGCUGCCAGAAGUGCUAGCCCCAGAGGCUAAUGUUGAGUCGCAUCAAGCUCCUGCAGCAAAACGUGCGCGUCUGGAUACGAAGAGUAUGAAGCGCCUUGUCUUUGGCUCGCUCGGCCUCGGUACUCCAAAGACGCAGGAGGAUCGCGAAGCUGUGCAGAAGAAGCUUGCAGCCCGCCCUAAGCGCGCGGCAACUGCUACCCCUUCGGUCGAUCAGGUGCCAGAGCUGAUUGCUGAAGAGGAGGAAGAUCCUGAUUCUUGGCGCGACAAGAUCGUGCUGACUGCCGUAGAAUGUGUUGAUGCAGAUGUGACCCUCACUGCGCCACCUUUCCCGUUUCAGCAACGAUGGGAUCCGCAAUACCAAUUCACCAAAAAGCGAAAGAUACCGAGAGGACGCAAAUCUGGCGGUCAGAGCAAUGGUGAAUACAAACCCUACGAUCCAAGCUACGACCAGCUCGAAUCUGCUAGACCCGACAAAUACAAUCAAGGCACUGGCAGUGAUGCUCUCAACUAUGACGAUGACGAGGAAGAUGAUGAAGAUGAUGAAUCGUAUUGGGAGGAAGGUGCGCUUUUGGGCAACGACGACGGAGAGGCAGAAGACGCAGAUGAAGACGACAUCUUCCCCCCAGUGCCGGCCAACAUAACUAGCUUACCUCCGCUAGCAGCUGCCGAGGCGAAGACUGGCGACUUCGUCAUAUAUCAAGAACUUUCCGUCUCCGCGGCUACGAGUUGGCAGCCCAAGAUCACAGCUCAGGUCGCGCACAUUAAGUCUUGCAACGAAGACGGUAGCUGGACCAUUCUCCUAAAGCAGAAUAGGCCAAAAGAGUACGCUGCAGACGGCACUCGAAUCUAUAGUAAGUUCGAGAUGGAGAACUUCAGCGACGAUGGCAACGAUGAAAAAACCAAAAGGGUGCUAUAUGCCGAGCUGCAAGAUCCAAGAUUACUGCAUCGCCCCAUGUUCGAUCUGGAGGGUUCGUAAAAUGAACUUGUCAGGAUCACAUCGCGCCCAAUUGAGGAGAAUCGAGAUCAUCUUGCACAGCUCUCAAGUCCGCAUUCCAGUCUCUCAAUGGGAAGAAAUUUGCGGUUGAUGUGGCUGACAGGCGCCCGCGAGACGCUGGACAUCGGAAAGACAUCGAGGCUCAUGUCAAAAGAGGGCACGCAGGGAAAGCCACUCAUCUGGCGAAGAAGCUGUGCCGCUCGCUGGCGGUGCUCGCCGCGCCACUAGACUUUCAAGCUGGACGAAGGUGAACCAUACCCGGAUGUAGAUGGCGCGUCCUCAGCCACCUCCAAAACGAGUGCGAAUUGCAGAAAAAAGAAGAAAUACCGCCGGUUAAGCUCAUGCUGCAUUUUCAGACGCAUUUGAGAAGUUAUGCCUAGCUUCAUAUCGGUACCGGAGGCCAAAAUACUAGGUCUGUCUCCGUCGGGUAUGGCAUUUGAUUGGGGUGCAUUGUGAGUAAUGUCUGGUUAUGGGGCUCAUGGCUCCGGCUCUCCAUCAGGUACGUACGUGCGUAAUAAUAGCAGGGGCGGAUUCCUGACUCGACAGUGGUCUAUGGAAAGUAGUAUCAUGUUCAUAGCCUCAAUACGCC